CACAGAGUCACGGCUUCCAUCAUGACGUGCUCACUCUCGAAAAAAGAUCGAAACUCUGAUGCAAAAACCAAGGCAGCAUGCAAAAUAUCAAUUACCAAGCUGAAGAAGAUAAUAUCUCUUCCAGAUUCUAAUGCAAAGGAGAAGAAACCAAACAUGAUGAAGAGAAAAUCACUUUCAGAAGGUUAUGAUGAAAAGAAAAAGAAAAAGAAAAAGAAACAAGAUUCUCAUGAAGAGAAGGAGAAACACAACUCAUUCUCGGCGCCGUUAGUGAUAAAAGAACAGUCAGAACAUGAUUCUGAUGCAAAGGAGAAGAAACCACACAUGGUGAAGAGAAAAUCACUUCCAGAUGGCUAUAAUGAAAAGAAGAAGAAAAAGAAACAAGAAUCUCCUGAAAAGAAGGAGAAACACCGCUCAUUCUCCGCGCCACUAGUGAUAAAAGAACCGUCAGAACAUGACUCUGAUGCAAAGGAGAAGAAACCACACAUGGUGAAGAGAAAAUCACUUCCAGAUGGCUAUAAUGAAAAGAAGAAGAAAAAGAAACAAGAAUCUCCUGAAAAGAAGGAGAAACACCGCUCAUUCUCCGCGCCACUAGUGAUAAAAGAACCGUCAGAACAUGACUCUGAUGCAAAGCAGAAGAAACUAAAGAGAAAAUCCACUUCAGAAAGCUACGAUGAAAAGAUGAAGAAACCAUUAAUCAUUGAUGAGGAACCAGAAGAAUUCACCACUAAGAUGUUAAUUGGUGAAUCCUCAAGAAGCUCAUGUGGUAUAUGCUUUGAUUUGAAAACUGAUUUGGAUAUGUUCAAAAGAAAGAGUUGCAACCAUCUCUUUUGUGUUGAUUGUAUUUCCAAAUAUGUGGAUUCUCAACUCAACAAUAAUGUGGUUAAGGUGACUUGUCCAACUCCAAAUUGUUCUGCAAAAUUGUUGCCAAGACAUUUGCAACAUAUUUUGCCUAAAGAAUUUAUCGAUCGAUGGGAGUUGGCAAAGUAUGAGUCUAAAAUUGCAUUGGAGCAAAAGACUUAUUGUGCAUUCAAGGAUUGUUCUGUUUUGCUGGUGAAUGAUAAUGAUAGGGGAGAGGUUUUGACUAGUUGCGAGUGUCCGUCUUGUCACCGGCUAUUCUAUGCACAAUGUAAGGUUCCAUGGCAUGCGGAGAUGAACUGUCAGGAAUUUCAAGAUUUGAAACACAAUACAAAUGAAGUAGAUUUGGAUGAUAAGUUUUUGAAGUUAGCUAAAAGAAACAAGUGGCAGAGAUGUCCAAAUUGCUCUAUCUAUGUCAAGAGAAGGAGUGGAUGUGAACACAUGAAAUGCAGGUGUAAAUGCAACUUCUGCUACCUUUGUGGGAAGAAAUGGAAGCAUGGGCAUUUAUGCAAAAAGAGAGAACGUUUAUUAGGGUAA